ACCAACCUCUCAGCUGUGUUAGUGCAGGCAGGGUGUAUCAGCCGCCCCGCGCCGACGUGAUGUUUCAGCUGCAAAGCAAAUUAUGUAAAAACUGACACGAGCGCUCCAGACUUUAUUUGUGCAGCAAAUGUGACCAUUUCCCAUUUUACCCGACAGUCCCCUCCUGAAGGGUCUCAACACAGACAUCUUUUUCUUGUGGGCUCCAACAGCAGAAGACCACCGACCCCCUCAUGAGGCCAUCUCACCGCCAACAACAUGCAAUCACGGAUCCGCAGAGGCAGCCGAUGUGACCGGGGGUGAAGUAACAGGCUGCUGCUCCGGACAGACCGGGAGAAACUUUCCUCCCCUGGCUUGUGUCCGGUGAACUGUGACCGCUGCUGUGUGGGGCUCUUCUUGCGCGCCGCCUCUCACUUUAUUUCUACGUGGGUGAGCAGUGUGUGCGUGUGUUUGUGGCACCUCCCCGCUCCUCCAUAGAUCUGGUUGCCCCCUUGUACCUUACAAGCCUCACCAUGCAUUUCUCCCGCACCUCCUGGCUGCUGUAGUUAGAGCAGGAAGCCGAGGUUUCUUCCCAUCAGCUGACUCCCUCCUUGCUUUGGUUUGGACUCCGGACCGUGCGUCAUGCCGCGACACCUGAAGCGCACCCCGGUUCCGUUGCAGGACCGCAUGGUUCCUUUGUAACUGGAUCUACUUUUUCCUUUUUUUUAUUUGGAGGGAGAGGAGGGCAUGCUCUCCUCGUCUCUGGAGAACACUUGCAAAGAGGAGAAGAAAGUAGAAAGACGAGGGUGAGCGGCAGCAGCAGCGACACACACACACACACACACACACACACACACACACACACACACACACAAGGAGGGAGAGAUAAUCUUAGAGAGUAACUUGUAGAUGUUUGAUCAGGCCACGACUAUGGGCGAUGGGAGCCACCGCUGUGGACCCAACCCGCUGUGUCCGGACCGGAUGGAGACAAAGUGCCGCGCCGAGAUAGGGAGCAGGUCCCCGGUUCAGAGCUCCACCGACACCCCGGGGACAUCAGCGUCCACGCCGACGUCCUCCAGCGAAGACGGACAUGACAAACUUUUGGGAGUGGACCCUGACUACUGUCGGAGGAUAUUAGUGAGAGACGCCAAAGGCACCAUCCGGGAGAUCGUCCUGCCGAAGGGCCUCGACCUGGACCGGCCCAAGCGCACGCGGACCUCCUUCACGGCCGAGCAGCUGUACCGGCUCGAGCUCGAGUUCCAGCGCUGCCAGUACGUUGUUGGGCGCGAGCGCACCGAGCUAGCGAGGCAGCUGAAUCUCUCCGAAACACAGGUCAAGGUGUGGUUCCAAAACCGCCGGACCAAACAGAAGAAGGACACCACCAAGGAUUCAGACAAACGCUCCUCCUCCUCAAACGAGUCCUUAGCCACCUGCAACAUCCUGCGCCUCCUGGAGCAGGGCCGCCUCCUAUCGGGCCCCGCCCCGCCUCCUAACUCCCUCCUGGGGCCACCACACCCAGCAAACGGCUCCCUGCUGAGCAGCCCGGGCGGAGGCUCCUCCACCUCUCCAGGAAUCAGCAGCGGCACUCCUCCUAACUCUCUACCAGGGGGGACUUUUGGGCUGUCGCUGCCCUCGCUGGGUGGCACCCCGCCCUCACCGCGGCUGGGCGUGCCGCCGCCACACUCUCUCUGCUUCUCCAUGCCGCUGCUGGGGGGCGCUCAUCAUGAACUGACGUCCGCCUACGGCUGCGGUUCCUCAGCUUUUGAGCCGUACAUGCGGCUGGACAGGAAGGAGGCAGAUCUGGGAGGGAAGAAGACGGUUUCUUAAGUAAUGCGUCCCUCUUUAAGGACAUCAGGGGACUUGUCUUUGUCAGGCGUCUCCGCAGUCGUUCACCCCGCCGCCUGUUUGACACUUGAGCUUCAGCAGACGGGGAAAGAAAGCGACCUGGACCAUGAGAAAUGUGAAAAAGGAAGAGACCAGGUUCCUUGUGGCACCAUUUUGUGCCACAGCACUGUUGAGCACACUGACACAAAAUGGUGGAAAGGACGUGAUGUGACGGAGACUCUCCCACAUUAAAAAACAAAACUUGUGAAUUUUUGCAGAAAUGCCGUGUGUGUAUGUUGCGUGAACCCUGACAGACAGAUGUUUUUAUCACCACUCUCUUCGCAGUGGUUUCAAGUGACUCUUCACUUUUUGUCCAGUGAGUUUGUGUGUGUGGUUUUCUCUCUAUACAGGCCUUCAUUUACUGUUCAGGAAAAAAAAAUACUUGACAUGGAUAGUUCAGACUGAAUCAGUGUCUGAAUGAGAAGAGUGGUAUUUCAAAGAGAGCAGUUUGUACACAUUUCAGUACAUAUUCCCGUACAAGUGGCCAUGUUUGAUUUUAGUUAAUGUGCUAUCACAAUAUGGAAGAAACACUGAAAAAAAAAAAAAAAAAAAUUGUAGCAUUUUAAUAUCAGUCUGUUUGGUGUCCAGCAGUAGUUUUUGUAAAUUCUUUAUUUGGUUGUGUUUGUGUAUGAAAUAAUAAUGUGGUAGGAUCUGGACAAAAUGGUGCAAAAAUCACAUAUCUAGAUCCGAUAGUUUAAUAUAAAAGAACAAGAGAGGAAGACGCUGGUUAGACUCUGCCAAAGCAAUUAUGGAUUAAGCUUUGGAGCUGUCCUCCAAUCACUGAAGCAAGUUAGAGAUUUGACCUUUGAACCCAGAUUAACUUUUAAGUCUCUCCUUCACUGAAACGCCUAAUAGACACUUGUUUAAUAAGACUCAAACAUCUGGCCGAGUUUGUUUAAGCAUUUUUUUAAUUCACAGAGCUGAGUUUGUGUAGUCUGAAAAUGGAAGCAGCUUUAUAAGUUAGUCGCAGUCGAUGCUUGAUCCAGAGAUUUUUGUUUUGCAUCUUGUUUUUCAGUGUGGUCGGGACUACAGCUGCGACAAGUGGUUGAAUAAAAAGUUUAUCCACAGAACAUUAGUCUGCAGCAAAAAUACCCUAAAAAUUCUGCUUUCAGAAAAAGUGACAAUUUGCUGUUUUUCUUUGUCAUAUAUGACAGAAAAUGAUGAUGAUUAAUUCAGAAAAUAAUUGGCAGAUUAAUCUAUAAUAAUUACUGUCUUGGACGAAUAUGUGACGUCACAAUGAGCUAUGACACCUGUAGAAUUUGCUGCUGUUUUAUCCCAAUGUGAUCUCACAGAAAUACGUGAAAUGACCACGACCUCUGAACACCGCAUGACAUGGUGGUGGUGACAUGUAUUGUGUUAAAAUUAUAUAGUGACGGCACGGUUGUGUUUAGGCACCAAAACUACUUGGUUAGGUUUAGAAAAAGAUCAUGUUUUGGUAAAGAGUCCAGUGUGUAGGUUUUUAGGAGGAUGUAUAGGCAGAAAUCGCAUAUAAGAAGUAUAUUUUCCUUAGCGUAUAAUCACCUGAAAUUAAGUGUAGUCGUGUUUUCGUUACCUUAGAAAGAGUUGUUUAUAUCUACAUAGGGAGCAUGUCAUGCUAAAGAGAUCACCAUGUUGCACCGCCAUGUUUCUUCUGUAGUUUGCAGCCACUCCGCUACAACAGCGUUAGAAAAACAAAGACCUUUUAAACUGCUUUAUGCAGUGUGUUUACAUGUGUUAAUCACCUGGGGUCGCAUUUUUAAAACUACGUGUAGGUUCCAUAAUCAAAAUGUUUGUACGGACAAAAGCCAAUAAUGGUGUGUGCCAAAAAAUAUUCGAGAAUUUCUACAAUCAGGCUUCCACCUCACCAUCUGUGUCGCCAAUUUCCUGUCUCCAAAAUGUUCGUAAGCAUGGGUCAAAGUUUCUCCCAUCGAGCCUCUUUCAGGCCUCGUUUUGUGCGUAUGCAAUGUCUAUAAAUGAGACCCCAGGUACAUUAGUUUUUGAGAGGAAGAGACCUCUGCGGAUAAUUUGGCUCCCGGUGAAAACCUCCUGAACAAUGAACACUGAAGGAAAUCUAACCUGGAGAAGUUUCAGCUAGUUGCAAUCUGCAAUACUCACCACUAGAUGCCACUAUAUCUGCCUAAAUCUUACACACUGGACAUUUAAGAUAACUGCGUCUGUUACGCACGAGACGACUUUUAGUUUCACACAGGAUGAUCACAGUGGUCUCCAGGGUUAAAGUCCUACAUUUGUUGACCCAUCCACCACCCUGACCUCCUCUCUAUGUGAACUUGUUGCUCUUUAUACAACCUAUGGGGUCGUAACAUGAUCCACCACCCAGUGCGUCACGUCCUUGAACCAGGGAGGGCCGCCAUGAUAAAGGGUGCUAACUGGCACGUAAUUUCACAGACCACUAUAAUACACUGUUGAUAAAUAUACCAAAAUUCGUAUGUAUCCUACGUAAUCGUAAGAUGUAAUUUGUGUAUUACCGACAUAUUUGGGAAGGCUGCCAUCAUGUUACCAAUGCACUGAUGGGAGUGAUGAAGGAGGUUGUUUGAUGGUCAACACAACACACAACUUUCCCCAGGAGACAGCUGUUAAGACUGUGUGAAACCAAGUGAGCUUUGAGUAACUUUAAGGUACAUUGUCACCAUGUUUCUUUUCCUAAAUCUAACCCAUGUACAUAAUGUCAUUCAUGGGGCGCUAAUUAGUCAGAAAUCAUACAAACCAUUGUACCAUUUUGUAAACCGUUAAGAGGUUGUCGUCAUUUCCCGUAUUUCUGUGGGACCAGGAUGGCUUACUCCAGCAAUGUUCUUCGUAUUUUGAAGUUGCCCAUUUCAUGGUUUACAGCAACAUCACAACUAUCAGACGUUCUGUUUCAUCAGGUCAUAUCCACAAUCACAAGAAUUCUGUUAUUUUUACACAGGAAACUUUCUCUGUGUGCACAGACUUCAGAUGCACACAUCACGUCUUUUCGAUUAUAUUUAGUUUUAAUUUAAAUUUGUGUUUGCCCCAUGUUUCCCCCCUUUUCCCCCUUCCCCCCGAUGUUUUAGGAUGACUUUUGGCUCGCCCUCCUGUUAGAUUUCAGCCCGUCUUCAAUGAAAAGAUUUCCUCAGCUUGCCCCGAAUUGAAAGCACUUUACGUUUGUAGGUUUUUGUACCUCCUCCUGUAUCUCCUCCUGUUAACUCCUUAUUGAACGCAGACUGAAAAACCUCCCAGCUUUAGUAAGAGUCAGGGUUUGGAGUCGGUUUAUUCUUAGAAAGGUAUUUUUCAGAGUUAAAGCUAGAGACCACGCCCCUCGAUUUGACCUCAAAUUAACCUCAAGAUCCAAAAUCAGCCCACUUUGAGAUGCACCUUUUUCAACAAACGUUAAAUUCAUACACGACAGACUGACAGAAGAAAUAAAAAAGAUCAGCUGUUGUAUUUCCCCCGUAUAAUUCCAUUUGUCCAGGUUUCCCUGUUGUCCAAAGAAAAUCAAAACACACCUGCAAUUCUCGACAGUUUGCCCUCAAUCUGUGUGUGUCACAGGAGUUCUCGCCCCCUUUCAUAACUUCCAUCCUCGUCCAUUCGCUGUGUCUCAUUUUCACCUCUUAUUUCACCAGGUGUCUAUUUAUUCCCAGGUUUCCUCUCAUUGUGAGGUUUAAUACGUUUUCCCGCUCCUUUUCUCUCACGCUCGCUUAAGGUGACUCGACAUCUUUUUAAGAAGACAUUCCUGUGACAUCAAUUUACAAAAAGCUGCUCACGAGUAAAGGCCAGGCUAUGUCUAAAACAUGUUUCCCUCUGCAGAUAAAUGCAUGGAAAGGUUCUGACCUCAGCCUAUGAAAACUCCCCCACCUCGUCUGGCGGCUCAUCGAGCCUUUUUGCACCUGUGUAGCGCCGGCUGGUAGCAGCUGAUUUGUUGUUGUUGUGUUCAGGCCCCAGCAGCGCCGGGAAAACCCCUGUCAUCCACUCAUGGCUCUUUGCAGCGGUGUACCUGUUCUGUUGUUGAACACUGUAUUAUUUUCUAUAAGCACCAUCCAUAAUUCACACGCUGCGGCAUCAAAUAUUAAGCAGAGAGAUGGAGCUGAGAGGUCAGGAGGCUUGCUUCUCAUGUAAGGCCGGUGUACUCUUUCACAAACCCUGCUCCCCCCCCCCUUACUCACCAGAGGGUAGAAGUUGUUUUCCUGCUGUGUCGUGAGCAAAACAAAGUCUCUGUUCCCCCGUUUUUUGCUGGAAUAUUUAAUUUUUUGUUGCAUGAUUUAGAGCUAAACAAGAUGUUAGAUGAAUGAGCUCUGAACCUGCUGAAAAACACUCUUAAUUGAUCCAAUUUUAAGUGACAUGGAGAGGAAUAUGAGACCUUUAGAAAAUAGAUUGUUAUGGUUUGGUGGUUACAAAAGAAAUCUGACGCUCCACAUCUUCCCCUCGACAUUCAGAAUCAGCACUUGACUCCAUAUUCUGUCACUGUACGGUGGUGUUUUGUAAUGUAAAUCUGCAGUUACUGUAUUGUACGCUCAGUCAUGACGAGGCUGCUCGGGAGCAGCUACUAGGAGACGGUCAAAGAAGUGAGAUGCCACUUCUCUUCAACAGACGCUUUGUAAAGCCUUGCAUCAGUUUAACAAAGCCUUUUCUUUUUCUUUUAUUUUUCCUCAGUUCUUCUUUAAACUUCUUUUUCAGGCAGUUUCUUCACAUUCCAGCUGAGUGGACGUGUUGCUUUCGUUGUGUGCAGUCUUUGACAUCUUGCACUUGUUUAGGUUGCCACCAUCUCAUGGCUCUGAGUUUCUCUGAUGGGUGAAGCCCUUUGAGAUUGUGUGGAAAUGUUCCUUUAUUUUAAAAUAUACUUGGUUUAUUUUUUUUUUUCUUUAUGCACAGCCAAGGUCCUGCAUAGGCCAUAACUUCUUUUCUUUAAGCAGUAAAACUUAAUGUCAAGCUAAUGGCACCAGCUACUACUUAUGAUGAACAGACUCUAUGUACAUAGAUAUAAAUUUAUAUAUGAAUAUAUAUAAAUGGGUCUUUGCACAAGUUAUCUCCAUGUCCGCUCCAUGUGAUUUUAACAGGAAAAACAAAAAUGCGACGGAAGAUUCAGAAAAAAAAAGACUUUAUAUAUGCUUUACAAUUCUUUGUCUCAUUAACAUUUUGCACUUAUUUAAAGAGGCUUACUUCUGUUUCUGGGCUGACAGAGCUGUUUUCACGCUCGGCCAAGAUAUUGUACAAUAUGUAUAUGUAUUUUUAUUCAUAUGCAUAUAAAUAUAUGU